AUGCCACCAGUGACACGUUCAAGAGCGAUAGUUGCAUCAGGACUUUCUUCUUCCGGCACCCAAGACCGCCAAGAGUCAUCCUCAACAGAUGACGACAGCGACUACAACGAUAAUUCAGAUUUUGAAGAGGAUAGCCUGCCCGGGGUUGUCCGAUCUCCCACUCGCCUCCUAUACAAUCUCGACCAACUCCCCGAUAUGGGCAGAGCCACAGUUCGGGAUGUUUUCAAUGAGCCACCCAAAAUUGCACUACAGCGAUGUCGACGAAUUGGGAAUACUUAUGCGUUUCAAAUGACAGAAUUGGUUACGAGGUCCGUCCGAAUUAGAUCCUCGGAAAGCACCAGCGGUUCGUCUCGUCUCUCAUGCUCAUGUGGCCAAGAAGACAAAGAUCCCUGUAGCCACUUGCUUUGGCUUCUUGACCAGCUGCUGAAGCAGACGUUGUACAACCAUGAUGAGUCUAAAGCCUUGAAUAUGACGAGGCACGGAUAUGCUGAAGAAAUGGGGGACCCAUUCUGCAACAUAUCUGAUUUCCACCUAGACAUCCUUGCAAAUGCGCUGCACUGUCCAGUGGUGAAUCCAGAUCCCUACGCAGAUGACGACGAAGAGAUUGAUCAUCACCGUGUACUCGAGGCCCGAGAGCUUCUCGCUUCAGUGUACAAAACCACACCAGAAGAGUUUCGUCGAGACAUCUUUACGCAUCCGACUGUGGGCGACCACAUUAUACGACGGGAUGACAUGGAUUAUACCAUCUUUCGAAUGCUCCUAGAUAACCACCAUUUCUUCCAAUACUUUCUAUCGCUUUUAAGCCCCACGGAUUACAUAAAUGAUUUGUUCCGCAAACUCUCGCAGCGCGUAGACCACGUCUUACGCCAACUGGAUUCCUUUUUAUCUUCAACCUGCUCACCAUCCCCUGCUAACAGCGUGAACUCUUGCGACAUGAACGAUCAGACACCUGCCACAAAUGCGAUCUGGGCAGCAAGACACCUCCUCGGAAUCGUUGGUCUGAUACGGUCCUCAAUUUACAACCGCGAUCAACCCCUCCAGCCAAAUGAAGCUCUCAGUGCGGCUCAUACUUUGGUACAUAUUCUCUCCUCUGUUGUCGCCCGGAAUAGCGAUACGGGCUCUGGACGCAGCCAGGGGGAUUGUAAUCUUUACAUGCGGUUGAUAGGUGACCGAGGCGGCGAUGGGUUUGUCAUAGCUGAGCUAGACUUACUGCCCGAGGCAGCUAGCCAUCUUGUUGACAGAUUGGGGGCAAUCCUGGAGCAGAUUGGUCUUCAGGGGGCUCCAACUACCUAUAUCACAAGAUUUCGCAGCUUACUUGGACGACUGCGAACAUCAUCGGCAGGUGGUGCUGGUUCCAAACGUUCCAUUUCCGACCAGGGAGAUGAACAUCGCUCCAAGCGAAUGAAAUGA